GUCUGUGCCAAUAGCCAAUCAGGACUGUGUUGUGUUCUGCGAGUGGUUCCGAUUAGCCUAUUGGGAUCCAUUUAAUCCGAGCAGUUUGGCAGCUCCUCUGGGCUUAAUGUCUGUAUUUUACCCCAUUCACUGCACUGAUUAUCUGAGAUCUGCUGAGAUGACAGAAGUAAUAAUGAACACUCAGCCCAUGGAUGAAAUUGGAUUAAGCCCUCGCAAAGAUUCCUAUCAGAUCUUUCCAGACCCCUCAGACUUUGAGCGAUGCUGCAAGCUGAAGGACAGACUCCCCUCCAUCGUAGUAGAACCCACAGAAGGCGACGUGGAGAGCGGGGAGCUGAGGUGGCCCCCGGAGGAGUUUGUGGUAGAUGAAGACAAAGAAGGUUCUUGCGACCAAACAAAGAAAGAGAACGAGCAGUAACCGCGCCCGUUGCCACCGGUUUAAACCUUAUUGUCGUUCGGAGCAAGAGGGGUUGCCAGUUGGCUGAGACUUGGUUAGGGAGGCUUUUGUUAUCGAGGGCAAAUUCAAAGAUGCACCUGCAAGAUUUUUCUUUCCAUUUUUGUUUAUUUUUCUCGUGAGAAACAACGCAGCCUUGGACGCGCCGAGAAGCGGGAAAUGUUCGCUGUUUUUUUUUUUUUAUCUUCGUUACCUAGAGAUGUUAUCAGAGUUCCUUCCCAGAUGUUUGAGGCGGCAGUAGGUUCUAACGGCAACGGAUCAAACGCAAAUCCUGAGUGAGCACCAGUCGGGGGCACGGUACUGUUUUCCUCCAAAAAGAGGCUGAAAUCCAUCAUCUCUCCAUACGUUCUUCUGGGUGGGAUUGAUAUUGACCAUCGUGCUUUUAGUUCUCCAAGAAUCCGGAACCAAUAGUCACAUCUUCAAGGAAUAUUUGUCUCCACAAUGGGGGGGCAGAGGCUACAGCCGUCGUAUGUCUUUAAUGUCCCCACUUGGAUUAUUCCCUAAACUAUAUGUUUUAUAUGGAGCUUCCGGUCCUGUUGAAGAACUGGUGUCCACUACCUUUACACCACAUGUGCCCACAGAACCUCAUGUCACUAUUUAGUACCAUAGUUGUGCCCAUAGAGUGCACUUAUAUUGUCCGACACCUUUUUACACUUAUGCACCUUUAUUUUUUUCUUUUUGUAUUUGAGCGAAAGGAUUGCGGCCUCUUCUGCCGGUAAAAAUCCAACGCAACAUUCGCUGAAUGGCGGGGAAGAAUGAGUAAUAUGGGGAUCAUCAAAGGAUACGUCGAGGCCCAUUAUCCAUGUUCCCAAGCAGAACUGGCUUUUCCUUUGUUUCUCUAGACCUUCCUGUGCUGAAAGGCCCAUGAUGCGCUUUGUUAGGUGCUGACGGAACGUACCAUAAACACAUCUGUCUCGCCUUUUCCCCGCUUUUUAACCCUUUCGCUUCUGCACGGAAUCCGCCCGUAUGCAAAAUACCUCAGUUUCCAACGCCGGCGGGGCCGCGAAAGGCAAAAAAAAACAAAAAAUGGCUUUUUGGGUCCGUUUCAUGUCCGGUCUGUCGAGUCCCCGAAGAUACAGCAAUAACUUUUUUUCGUCCGUGCUUCGAAAACGCAAAAUGUGCCGCUUAUCUCAUGUUGCGUGUAUAUCUUGCUAGUAACGCGUGGAAUGUUCUAAUGGUCUCGUCCGCAUCCUCCAAUGGGGUUUGGUCAACUUUAAAAAA